CCCUCUUCUUCUUUUCUUUCUUCCCCAAACCCUCAACAAUUCUUCACAAAAAUAGCUAGUUCAGAUGUAGUCAAAUUCAGCUCCUAAUUUAGUCAGGGCAAAGAUACUCUUAGCUCAUCAAACAACUUCUUAAACCAAGAAACCAAGCAGCAAAACAGUAUGUAGUGUACUUUCUCAUCUAUUUUUUUUUUAAAACAAAAAACCCUUUUUCUUUUUCUCCGUCCACUAUCCUCCUUCCUUUCAAAAGAAUCUAUUACAUAUCUAUGUGAGAAGAGGAAGUGAGAUCUUUUAGAUUGUUAAACGAAGAAGAAUUGGUAAAGCAUGGAUCCAGUGACGGCUCAUGGACAUUCGCUUCCCCCUUCAUUCCAUCUAAGAGAUUUUAAUCUUCAUCAGCAACAAGAACAGUUCCACCACCACCACCACCAGCAGCAACAGAAUUCCGAAGACGAACAAAGUGGCAGUAGUGGCGGCCUCAAGAAACGAGAUCGAGAUGAAAACAACAGCAGCAACGACGGCAAGGACUUCAUUCCUGGAGAAGGAGAGAUCACGAGACGACCACGAGGGAGGCCUGCUGGAUCCAAGAACAAGCCAAAACCGCCCAUCAUCAUCACCCGGGACAGCGCCAACGCGUUGCGUACCCACGUUAUGGAAAUCGGAGACGGAUGCGACAUCGUCGAGAGCAUAACCACAUUCGCUCGGCGACGUCAGAGAGGGGUUUGCAUAAUGAGCGGGACUGGCACCGUCACCAACGUGACCCUCCGGCAACCGGCAUCCCCAGGUGCAAUCGUCACAUUACAUGGCCGAUUCGAGAUAUUGUCACUGGCGGGAUCGUUCUUGCCCCCUCCAGCACCGCCAGCAGCAUCCGGGUUUACCAUAUACUUAGCUGGUGGACAAGGGCAGGUGGUGGGAGGCAGCGUUGUUGGGACGCUGACUUGUUCAGGGCCAGUGGUGAUUAUGGCUGCUUCUUUUAGCAACGCCGCGUACGAGCGUCUCCCGCUGGAGGAGGAAGAGGCGCAGAUGCCAAUACAGGGUGGUGCACUUGGGUCACCUGGUGCAGUUGGACAACAGCAACAGCAGCAAGUAAUGGCGGAGUCGAAUGCGCCUCUAUUUCAUGGAUUACCCCCUAAUCUUCUCAACUCUAUUCAAUUGCCAACUGAGGCAUUCUGGGCUACUGGUGUGCGCCCUCCCUAUUAGUAUCAUGGGUUUGUUCAGCUUCACCUUCAGGUUUAACAGGAAGCACACAAACUUGAUAGCUAGAAAAUGAAAUUAAUUUGGGUUU